CCCACCCAUUGUCUAUCCAUUCAUUUUUUUUUUCUUCUCCAGAGAGAAAGAGAGAGAGAAGCACAAGAAGAAGAAGAAGAAGAAGUUCUGGAAUAAUCAUCGUCUCUGUUUCUUGGGGUUGUUUAUUUCUCUCUAAAGUUUCUGGAUUCAACUUCCGAAGAAGAUCUUUCUUACCAGAAAGUUGAUUUGGUCAGAGUGAAGGAAGAUGGGUUACAUGUGUGACUUCUGUGGUGAACAAAGAUCUAUGGUGUACUGUCGAUCCGAUGCAGCUUGUCUGUGUCUCUCCUGUGACCGGAGUGUUCAUUCCGCUAAUGCAUUGUCCAAACGGCAUUCUCGGACACUUGUCUGCGAGAGAUGCAAUGCUCAGCCUGCUACUGUCAGGUGUGUUGAAGAAAGGGUCUCACUCUGUCAAAACUGUGAUUGGUCCGGCCACAACAACAAUUCUUCGUCUUCUUCUACUUCGCCGCAGCAGCAUAAGAGGCAAACCAUAAGUUGCUAUUCGGGUUGCCCUUCGAGCUCAGAACUCGCAUCCAUUUGGUCCUUCUGUUUGGACUUAGCCGGACAAUCCAUUUGUGAACAAGAAAUGGGUAUGAUGAAUAUAGACGAUGAUGGUCCUACCGACAACAAAAAUUGUAAUGAAGAUAAGAAAGAUGUCUUUGUUUCAAUUCCUGAAACCAGUUCUGCAGCAAAAGGAAAGUCAUCUUCUGCUAAGGAUGUUGGAGUGUGUGAAGAUGAUUUCUACGGGAACCUUGGUAUGGAUGAAGUUGAUAUGGCACUUGAGAACUAUGAAGAGCUCUUUGGUACCGCCUUUAACCCCUCGGAAGAGCUAUUUGGGCAUGGUGGAAUCGAUAGUCUUUUCCAGAAGCACCAAACAAAAGCUCCAGAGGGAGGGAAUUCGGUGCAUCCAGCUGGCAGUAAUGAUUCGUUCAUGAGUUCGAAAACUGAGCCAAUAAUUUGCUACACAUCGAAGCCAGCACAAUCGAACAUAUCGUUCUCUGGAGUCACUGGAGAAAGUAGUGCUGGAGAUUUCCAAGAAUGUGGUGCAUCAUCUUCGAUACAGCUCUCUGGCGAGCCACCAUGGUAUCCUCCAACAUCUCAAGAAAAUAAUGCCUGCUCACAUUCAGUAACCCGUAAUAAUGCAGUUAUGCGAUACAAGGAAAAGAAGAAGGCUCGCAAGUUUGAUAAGAGAGUGAGGUAUGCUUCUCGCAAAGCAAGAGCUGAUGUGAGACGGCGUGUAAAGGGGAGAUUUGUCAAAGCUGGUGAAGCUUAUGAUUACGACCCCCUCACCCCAACCAGAAGCUAUUGAGGAGUCUUAUUGAAAGGUAAAAAAAAGGUAGAUACACAUGGCGAAGAAUCGAACAAGAAAGGUUUUUGACUUAUGGGCAGUUUCAAGUGAGCAACUUGGAAAAUUGUGGGUUAGUAACAAAACAAGACUACUCUAGCAUGAACAGAUUCAAGACUGACUCUUGUAAGCAACCAUUCAUUCUUGGGAUUCAAUCGGUUCUUUGGCCUCAGAAGCUUCAUUCUUGUCCAGAGGGAUCAUUCUCUGACUUUCCUUGUCCAACUCCGGUUUCUUCUUCUUCUUCAGGCGUCUCACUGAUCAGGGUUCCAUGAAUUUUGUUCUUCUCUGUAGUUAAAAAGGCAGGGAGAUUUAGAGUAAUUAAACAAUAUGUGAUUGUUGUGUAUGCCUUUCUAUUUGUUUGUUGUAUACUCAUAAAUGCUUUUUUCUGUUUUGUACUCGGGCAUUCUUGUAAAUUAAAAACAUUAUCCACAUUGUGUA